CCUCCAUAUUACAAUUUGAGAGAGCUUCUUUACACUUUCUUCAAUGGUUUCUUGUUAAUCAUAUUACAAUCUUUUCACCAUUACAAUUCUUCUUCUCUCCUUCACAUUAACUUCUCUUGCCGUGAAUGCAAAGCUGAAUCCGGAGAUCCAUUAUGCCACAACAACAAAGAAGCACAAAAGCUUAAACUCAUAGCAACCCCCAUCGAUCUUAGCGGCGAGCAUGAUCGGUGUUUCCUUACCGUUGUUCACUCGCUCGGUUCCUGCUUUAGGACCCGACCGAAAUCUGUUUCCGUUUAUCCUCAGGUGUUAUUUUGGCUACCGGUUAUAUGCACGUUUUACCAGACUCGUUCAAAUUUCAAUAAUCUCACCUCUAAAUGUUUGCCUGAAGAUCCGUGGAGGAAGUUUCCGUUUUCAUGUUUCAUCGCGAUGGUUUCCGCUUUGUCUACUUUGAUGGUUGACUCGUUUUCAAUGAGUGCCUAUAAGAAGAGAGCUAUUAAGCGUGACCCACGAGUACAGCAAGUUAACCCCAUAAAAGAUAGAUUUAAUUAA